CCGGAGUCUCUUGGACACUUGCGCUUGGCCGCUUGUGAAGUAAAUGAACUGAAUUUUUUGAGAUCAGCAGGGCAGCUUGAGCAGUUGGAUCUUUCUUAUAACAAGCUGGCAAGCAUCGACCAGAUUCCUUUUUCUCGUCUAUAUUAUAUUGAUUUACGGUCCAAUAUUCUUCAAGGGUCGCUACCUAUUCCGCCACCCUAUGUGCAGUAUUUCCUCAUAUCAAAUAAUAAUCUCAGCGGUGAGAUCCCUUCUUCUGUUUGCAAUUUGACAUCACUGAUAGUUCUGGAUUGGGCAAGAAACAGUUUGAAGGGAGCGGUUCCGCAUUGCUUGGGUAACAUGAGUGACCAACUCGAGGUUUUGGAUGCGCAACACAACAGUCUUUCUGGGAAUCUCCUAACAACCUUUAGCUUUGGAAGUGCACUUAAAAGCUUCAACUUGCACGACAAUAAGCUAGAGGGAAAAAUACCAAGAUCCUUGGCCAAUUGUUCGCAGUUGGAAGUUCUUGAUUUAGGAAAGAAUCAUCUCGAUGACGCAUUCCCUAUGUGGUUGGGGACUCUUGCAAAUCUACAAGUUUUAAGCUUGAGAUCCAAUAAAUUGCAAGGACCCGUUAGAACUUCAAGUAGUUCGACAUUGUUUCCUCAGCUUCGGAUGGUAGAUCUCUCUUCAAAUGCAUUUACAGCAGAAUUGCCGACAAGUCUUUUCAGAAAUCUGAAAGCAAUGAGGAGAACUGAUCAAACAAUGAAGGCACCAGGUGAUACAACACAAACAUAUUACCAAGACUCGGUAACUGUUGUAACAAAGGGAUUGGAGCUUAAAGUUGUGAGAAUCUUGUCUUUGUACACCACUAUGGAUUUUUCAAAUAACAAAUUUGAAGGGCAUAUUCCUAGUAUGAUGGGAGAUCUCAUCGCACUGCGUGUGUUGAAUUUAUCUCACAAUGGGUUGCAGGGUCCUAUACCGCCAUCACUUGGAAAGUUAUCUGUAGUAGAAUCAUUGGACCUUUCAUCCAACAAGCUUUCAGGAGAGAUACCAAAACAACUUGCUUCUCUCACAUCUCUUGCAGUUUUAAAUCUCUCCCGCAAUCAUCUUGAAGGAUGCAUUCCAAAAGGAAAUCAAUUUGAUACAUUUGAGAACAAAUCAUAUGAAGGCAAUGAUUGGUUGCGUGGAUUCCCAGUUUCAGGAAGUUGUGGAAAUAACCGGAUACCAGAGACAAACAACAAAACAUUUGUGCCGGAUGAAGAAAGUGAUUCGACAUUUCUAAGUGAGCUCAGUUGGCAAGCGGUUCUAAUGGGAUAUGGCUGUGGACUAUUUAUUGGAUUCUCCAUAUCAUACGUCAAUCCAAAUUGGCUUUCUAGGAUAGCUGAACACUUAGCAUACAGAAUUAUCAUGAGAAGGCAAAAGAAGCAGCAAGGUCAAAUGCAUUACAGAAGAAGAAGAAGAAAUAAUGGCAUCUAG